AUGUACCUCCUCCUCAUCUUAUCACUCCUAAAAUCUAUCAAGCCCUACUUCGCCCAUUCAUUCGCCGCAUUUCCAUUUUCAAGCAUUUUUAUAGGUCUUGUUCUGCUUUUUAUAGUUACGCUCGCCGCACACACACUUUGCGCGGAUACGGUUAUGCGGCUCUAUCGAUAUCGUCAUCUGAAUCGCAAGGUCAACCUCACUUCGGUGGAUAAAGCUGCCUUGGCUUCGCAAUGGCAUACCGUCUUGGUACCAUCAUCCUACGAGGCAUUCUGCCGAGUUAAUAUUACGGCGAGCACCGUUUACGCUUCGGCAAUCUUUUGCUUGGUAAUUUUUUUUUUUCACCGAACUCAAUGCGCGUAUUACCUCUACAUCAGGCCAAUUCUACGAGACAUCGCUCGGAUUGAAGAAAAGGUUUGGGUUGACUUCGAUGAUUGGAGGGAUAAGCAAAUCCCCAAAAGUUGA